UUAUAGUUCUCCGUCACUUCACCUCGGAGCUUCUCGUAGCUGGAGGAAAACACCGCGAGAUUUCAGACGGCUCUUUCUUCCUUGGAGUUGGUGCUACGGAAACAGUCCCGCAGCCUCGGUUUCUUCCCAGUGACGUAAUUCACGGCGUUAUUGCCGAUUUAUCAUUGGUUGUAGGUUUUUUAGUGGCCUGCGAGUGCUCGACGAAUGGUUACAUUCGCGGAUUAGAUCGAGUGCACAUUUGAGUUUAUAAUUAAAUCGAGAAAUAUCGGGAGAUACGACGCUGCUCAUUUCUCCUCGACAGCCCACGUGAUCGUGGAAGGACCGAGUGAGCCGCGAUUUGUUUUGAAAACAGUGGGUGCUCUUUUCACAGUUUCGUCGGAUUUUUCUUCCCCGCUCAUCGCCUCCAGGGAUAACGAGACUAACCCCGACUCAUCGAAUCUCAUACACGCUCCAUACAUUUGGGAUACGAGUGCGCGCGCGCGUGUGUGAUUGCGAAUCUAAGAAGAAGAAUGCGGUAGGAUGCGCAUCAACGAAAUAUGCUACGUUGCUCGCGUCGCGGUGGGACUCCUGCUCCUUUCUGGGAUCACGCUCUCAUCGGGCGUGGACUACAAACAACAAACUCACGGAGUUACUACCUCAACGACCAUUAUCCCGACCACUGCUAAUCUCUAUUUUAACAACUCAACCUCCCCGGAGUCCUCGUUGCUGGUAACCACCGAAAAACAAGAUGAAGUGCCGAACGUUGUUUCACUGGAGACGAAAACGACGGGCGGAGAAGUCUCGUCAAAAAAGAGUCCACUGGAAGUUACAACCGAGAGUGGGAAACUAAUGUCGAAAGAUCCAGCUUCCAAAACUACAACCGAUGGGAAGAAAAAGCUCGUGACCGAAUUCAAGCAGAAGACAGAAUCGAAAUACCAAAAAAUCAAAGACGAUGAGAAACCAAACGAUCCAAUGAAAUCGAGCUUCGUCGAUUUCGUCGUGACAACCACUCCGAUUUCCAGCAUCGAGAAAAUAUCAGAAAUUCAAAACUCAACGGAACUCCUAAAUAUUCCUUUACUCGUACGCGGUCAACCGAUAAGCAAUGAAACUGAAGAUUCCAACGCUGGCUCGCGUGGCCGAGCUUUGAAUAUAUCGGCUUCCGAGCCGACAAAUUCUCUGCACGCAAAUCUAACGGAUCUCAGCGAUGUUAGUAUGGAUGAUCAGGACAAGGAAGUAGAAGGCGGAGAUUACGUCGCAUCUAAAAACCGAACGAGCUUGAAUGUAACUUCGUUACCGAUCGUAUUGCCCGUAUGCAUGGAAGGGAACAAGAGUUAUGCCGCCGGUGAAAAGGUUUUGAGAGGAUGCGAGGAGAGCUGUGUUUGUAGCGAAGGAGGGAAGAUCACAGACUGCAAGCCCAGAUGCGUCAGUCCAAAAUUCCGAGCAGGCCGAAACAAGGAUCCUUAUUGCAGGGAGCAAUUGGUCGAUGACGACGAAUGCUGUGCCGUUUUGGUGUGUGCCGACUCAGAACCGGAACCCGACGAAACCUGCAUCGUCGGAAACCAAACAUUUGCGAGAGGCCAACGCGUCGAACACGGUUGCUCACAGGUUUGCAUCUGUGAGGCGGGUGGCGCCUUGAAAUGUCAACCAAGGUGUCCACCGAACGAGACAACGUCUGGAGUGAAUCAGCACGACCGUUGCGUCGCGUUGACUGAUCCCAGAGAUCCUUGUUGUACGAUAACAUUGUGUGACGUGACUCUCGGCGAUCAUGAAAUAAAAGCGGAGAAUUCGGGGGACUUGUUGGUGAAUUUAACGAACAUAAAAGUCCUCAAUUCGACGACGAUUAAGCUUAAAUUAUCGUCUGAUUUGUCGAGUGAUGCUGUAGUCGAAAUAUCCGAAAAUAAUCAUGUUUGGAGACAGCAGAAACCUGACAAGAGUGGCAUCAUAACGAACUUGGAACCAGCUCACAGCUACUUCGUUCGGAUAACCGAAGGAGGUCGUACGGGACCGGCUCUUCAAGUGAUUCUUCCGGCUGAAGUGAUAAAGACGAACAUAACGGAAAAGGUCGACAAGAGUUUGUGCAGUCAUCGGGGAAAAACAUACAAAAUUGGUGCUCAAUGGUACGACGAAUGUAUAUCUUUAUGCGUUUGUGGCGAAGGCGCCAAAACAGAGUGCAUUACGAUCGAAUGUCCUUGGGACUUUGGACUCGAUGUAUUGAACCCCCAUUGUCUUGAUUGGGAAACGGUGCCGGCUAAUUUCGUUCCAAAAGCACCCAAAUGUUGUCCGGAGGAGGUACGCUGUAGAAAUAACGGAUCGUGUCUUUACGAAGGCAUAAGUUAUGAUAAUUGGAGCGAGUUGCCUACCAAUGUAACAGGCUGUGAGAAAAGAUGUUAUUGCGACAUGGGAAACGUCUCCUGUCAAGCCGCUUGCCCACCGGUCGCAGCUCAUCCACCAGCGAACUUGCCAUGCCCCUCGAAUCAGGUCGUGUUGGCAAAACUUCCGGACGACGAUUGCUGCUCACAUUGGGUUUGCGAUCAUUCGAUGACUCAUUCAUCAAACGGAAUAAUGGACGUGACGACCGCGUAUCCCGGCCCCUUAGCUACAGACAAUACGAUCAUCGAUAACACCGAAAGAACGACUGUCAAACCGUUGACAGUGAAAAACAUUAGCGAAGCCUCAACAACGAGCAUCGUAAAAAGCCCAGUUUCCAAUAAUUACGAAACUACCCAAGUUCCCAAUGACGAAUUUCAUUAUCCGAUGGAUCCCGGUCAUCCAACGACCGUGUAUAACGGUCCUUACAGUCCCGAUUACAAGCCAAUACAAGCCAAUAUCGAUCAAGUAUUCCAUUUGUCACCACAUACGGAAAAACCUACGCCGAAAGAAAAGACGAAAUCGAAAAUGGACGCGAAAAAGCCACUGGAGCCAGUGAAAGUCCACAAAGAAAUCAAUACUCAGCAGCAAUACGGGGUGAAAAACGAAGAUCAACAUUUCCCAAGUCAGCGAUUCCCCGGUCCACUGGCACCCGAAAAAUUCCCCCAACAGAAAAUUCCGCCGAGUCCCACGCGAACUAAAAUAAUCGAGAACCCGAAUACGACAGGCUCGACGAACAAAUUGGCCUCGACAGAAAAAAACGGUCAUCCUUCCGAACAGCCUCAGUUCAUACCCCUCAAGCCUUACACCGAUCUUCCCGAAGGGCCAUUCGUUUUCGUGCCCACCAACGGCGAGAACAUUCCUCCAACUCAUUUCGUAAAUCAAUAUGAAAAUCCUGACGCGGGACCGCCCUACGGAGGUCCAGCUCUGCGACCCGAUUACCGUGAUCCCAACUUCGUUUCGGGGCCGAUACCAAAGAAGAAACCGACCCUGCUGGCCGAUUCCUACAGCGACGACUAUAAAACCAAACCCGGACAAGUCGCCCCGGGGAAAAGCAAAGCUCCGCCGCACAGAAAUCCCCAGGAACAAGAAAUUCUACCGGAAGAAUUGUAUCAUUUGAUUCAACAACAACAUCCGGGUCUUACACACUUGGAACAUGCACCACCCCAGGGCCAUUCCGAUCUUUACGAUAUUCAUCGACAGAUCACAGCUCAAAAAGACCCGGCCACGUACUUCGGCCAAAUCGCAUCACCCGCUUUAGCAAACAACAAUAAGAAUAAUAUUAAACCACCGCCACCGCCGUCCAGGCCACCUCACAUUGUCUCGCAAAAGGACGAAAAUGGACAAACUACUUAUCACGUACACACCUCUGAAGUUCCGAAUUCACCGCAACAGAUCGAAGAGCUUUUGGCACACAUUAGUCAACACGAUUCUAAUCUCGGCCCUUUCCAACGUUAUCCCGGACAAAAUCCUAUCACUCAUACUUAUCAAACCGCCCCGGGCCCACCACCGACGCAUUUACAUCCUGGCAUUGGUGUUCGCUUGCCCGAUUCGUCGGCUACGUCACACUUGAAUCAUCCGUUUGCCGCACAAGCCUCGCCCAACCAGUCAGUUAUGGAUCAUCACAAUGUGCCACCAGGAUUUUCAAUUCUCGGGAGCAUUCCUGGAUUCCCCGGAGUCAAUCCGAGCCAUCAAACUCCGCAGGACGAAGUUUCUGUAAAAGCCUUGGAAGCUCUUGAUGACGGAACCAUUCGAAUUGUUUUCACUGUACCACCAGUUUUCGUUGGACUUCAAGCGCGAGUGGAGCUGCGAUAUACGAGUGACAAAUCGAAUCUUGAUCCUUCGACGUGGAAGUCGCAGAUCUUCAUACCCCCGAAUGAUUUGAUUGCAACUCCGCAAUUGGAAUUUGAGUUGGACGGUCUGGAGCCAUCGACCGAUUACAAAGUUCGUGUAACCGUGAAUUUACGAGGCCUUGCGAACAGUCCUAGCAGCAAGAUCUACAGUGUACGUACUUUGGACAGACACGAGGAGAUUCCAACGUUGCCACCACAAAUUCCGGUUGACGCGGAGCUCCGAGUCGUCGAGACAAAUUCCACGUGGAUCAAUCUCAUGUGGAAAAAGUUCACCGAAUACGAGAUGCAAUUUAUCGAUGGUGUUCAAUUGCGUUACAAGGAACACGACAGCAAAGUUUACGCUGCUACUCCACUCAUUCAUCGUGCUGUAACCAAUUAUGUUAUCGAAAAUCUUAAACCAGCAACGAAUUAUGAAAUUGGAAUUUCUAUCAUUCCGUUCCCCGGCCAGACUACAGAACUCAUCAGCGAAAAAACUAUUCAAGUUCUCACAGCGGUUGAACCAGAUCCUUAUGCAUUUGACGUAAAAGUUGAAAUAAAGUCGAUCAAAUCGACCGCAGUCGAAGUUUCCUGGACAGGAGUUCCUUAUCCGGAGGACAAACACGUCAACAUUUAUCGUGCUAUAUAUCAGAGUGACAGUGGUAAAGAGGACACCAGCACCUUCAAAAUUGCCAAGAGAGAUUCGCCAGCGAAAACAGUCAUAACGGAUCUCAAGCCUGGUACUCGUUACCGAUUAUGGAUCGAGGUUUAUCUCACUAACGGUAGAAUUAAGAAGAGCAACGUGCAAGACUUUGUCACGAAACCUGGAGUCGUAUUGCCAGCUGGAGUUUCACAGCAAGGCAAACUAGCUUCACUACCACUCCACGAAGGUGAUUAUUAUGGUCCUUUGGUGAUCGUCGCAAUUGUAGCCUCUCUGUCGAUUUUAUCAACUCUCAUUUUACUGAUGAUGUUGAUGAAAAGGAGAUCGAGUAGCAAAGCUGAUAUAUCACCGAGAAAGACAACCGCAGCUUAUGACAAUCCAUCCUACAAGACUUGUGAAGAUGCUGAACCAAUAACAAAUGGCCGAAGCAAAAGUACUGAUCAUGAAAUGGCUACGAUCAGUGAUAAUUCGGUCGCCAAGGAGACUGCCUGAAUUUUGAUAAACCGUUGCGACAUCGCGUGGACAUAUAUUUAUUUUUAAUCGGAACAAAACACUGUUUCUUAAUUAACUAUUCCAGCCAUGACUUUAAUUCACGUAAUCAGAACGUGAUCCUUCCUCAUCAAUUAUUAUUUUAUUAUCAAAAUGGUUGCUUUAACCGUUCUCGAAAAAUUGGAAAAUAUCAUCUUCGAGAUAAAAGCAAGAGAGCGGGAAGUGUUUCAACGAGGUCAAAAGGGGACGGGAAAAAUUUCAAUUCACAUAUGAACUGAAUUAGUAUUUGUUACCCUCCGAAUAAGUCAUCGAGGUUCGGUCCUGCGAAUCACUGAAAUAUAUUGUAUGAAAGUUUUGUACAUAGGAUUCUUGUGCAAUAAGCUAGUAUCUACGGCACAGAACAAGAGAGGAGAAACGAAAUGACUACGGAAAAACCCUAUCUCGAUCAGGUACAAAUGUUCAAUAAGCAAUCACCAUUAUUUUUAAGAGUCACUAUUUUCCCCCAUACGCGUUGGUUGAAAAAUAUGAAUUGUCACAUUCUGGAAUCAUCAUUCGAAAUAUAUUCAGGUUUGAUACUGCAGAAGUAUUUGUUUCAAAGCAAAUUAGUUGAUCGCACAAAAAUGGCUUAGUCCAGACCUAACGUUUUUCUCGGUCCAGAGUCGUGGAAUUUCCAAAAAAAAAAAAAAAAAAACAGUACGUUGGCCUGAUCAGAGUGAAAACACCUCUUAAAAAUCUGUAUCUUGAUUCUGAACAAUACGAUUGGGAGGCGGAUGUAUCUUAUUGCCAUUUGUGAAAUUUCGCGAAAGACAUUGCGAUGUGAAAUGAUGAAAGAGAACCGAAAAAUUAAAAUUAUAUUAUAAAUGUAAUGAAAAAACGACAAAAAGAGAUGAAUAUUUAUCAACGCAUUAUAAGCAGAUAUAUAAAUAGGCUUGAUAAUCCUAAUCCUUAUUAUAUUCUUUAUAACGACUCUUUUAAGGGAUGACAAAUGUUAUGUAUGAAUAUAUAUAUUUCUAUUCGAUGUAAUUCAAAUCAAUAAGUUCAUUCAGAGAUUCAACUGUGGAUCUAUAAUUUGUACAGUAUACUUCUUUUAUAUUAACAAAAAUUAGAAAAUAAAUAUCGAAGAUUGA